AUGUAUGUACCUCAACGACCAGGUCCGUAUAUCUACAAUGCACCACCAUAUGGUAUUCCAACGUACGCAACUGUAUCUUAUCCGCCGAGUUCAAUAGAUAUCCAUUGGUAUAAUGCAUGGCCACGCGUUCGAACAAUUCUGUUAGCGAUAAUCAUGUUAAUUUGUAGUGCAGCGAUAAUUAGUCUUGAUAUUGCUAAUCUGGCGAUUGAAGGAAGUAAAUCGAAUGAUACAUCUAGGUUUGGCUCGGGUCCGGGUAAAGUUGGAGCUGGUAUUUGGAGUGGAACUGUUGCAUUCGUUGCAUCUAUUUGUAUUUUAACCAUCGUAUUUCUGCAAAAUAAACGGCAAGCAUCAACUUCUGCAUUGAUUGCUGUUACAUUAGCAUUCCUUUUAAUGGUUGUUCUUGUUGGUUUGAUAGGUAACACUGUGCAAACAAAUCUUUAUUUAACCAACGUCACUGAUGCCGAUAAAAUACAACAUAAACUUUUAAUCGCAAUGCUUUCUGUUGGUUCAUUUGUCGUAGUACUUUGUAUAAUCUUUUUUCUUUUGUACAGUCGAGUAUUCUUUUCUCCAUCCUAUCGUCAAUCAAUAAAAUACUAA